AAGAAUUAAUCUCUUCUUUCUUUCUCUCUCUCCUCUCUGGAAGAAGAAAGAAAAAAAUCCUGUUCUCCGAGAAAACACAUCUUCCAGUUCGCCCGCAGGCACCAGAAGUCUUCUUCUCUCUCUCUCUCUCUGUCUCUCUCAGAAGAAGAGAAAUCUCGACUUUCUUUCUCUAAAUUAUCCAGGAGAAACCUUUUAUCGUCUAGCAGAAGACGAAGAAGAAGAAGAAGGAAGGGGGGGAAGAAGGGAGGGGCGAUGCUGCAGCUUCUAUUCGCGAUCGCCUUCUCGGCGGCGCCGCUGACGCUGUACGUGCCUCCCAUGCGCAGCCUCAGCCUCUUCGUCGAGACUGUCGAGAUCUUCCUCCGAGAGGCCAUUCACCACACGGCCAGGGCUUACCCGCGUAUCCGCCUCGGCUACUCCCGAAUCAUAUCCUCCAUCCGACGCUCUCGACAACCCUAAAAGCAUAAUGGAAUAAGGAAGAAGAAGAAGAACAUCAGGACUCCAAGCCCCCGUGAUACUUACUUUAGGUAAACCUCCCAUUUCUCUCUCUCCCUCUCUGUCUCUAUUUGUUGGUGGGUUCAACAAAGAAUGUAUCAAAUAAAAGAACUUCCUCCUUUUGUGCUUUGGGUUUCAUUUUUUCAGGAAUUUUUGUAUACUUGGAGACCAAAUUGUGAAUUCCUGUGAUAAUCGGUGAUGGUGGUUGUAUUUGUUUGUGAAUAACCAAGCUUCUUUUCUUUUC